GAGGAAAAAGAGGGAGCUCCUAAAUCUGAACCCAUUCAUUCAACAAAUAUUUAUCAGGUGACUCGCUUUAGGCUCUGUGCAUACAGGGGCACACAGGACAGUGUCUGCUCCCAAGGGCUUAUGUGCUGUAGGGGGAAGCAGAGCAAGGAGACAUAAAUAUGAGCAUUUCUCAGGGUGGCGAGUGGCUGAGAUGCAAACAGAACAGCAGCAGGAAGAGGGCAAGCUCCACGGGUCUGGAGGGGUGAGCCGAGAAGGGGCCUGAGGCGUGACCACCCCCUUCCUCUCUGGGGGGAUUGCCUGCCGCCCUCACAGACACCCAUGCUCCAUUGCCCACCAGGCCCCGGCCGGCCCCAGCAUCCCCUGCGCGGGGAAGCUGGGUGCCCGAGGAGCCUGGCGACCAUGCCACCUCCUCUCCUCCUCUCCUUCCUCCUCUUUCUUACCCCUAUAGGAGUCAGGCCCCAGAAACCGCUGCUGGUGGAGGUGGAAGAGGGAAAUGAUAUUGUGCUGCCAUGCCUCCAGGGUCCUUCAUAUGCUCCCUCUGAGCAGCUGGCCUGGUCUCGGGGGACCCAGUCAGCACCGUUCUUAGAGCUGAGCCUGGGCUUCCCAGACCUGGGCUUCCAGGUGGGGCCCCUGGGCAUCCUGUUGUUCAUCUUCAACGUCUCUCACCAGAUGGGGGGCUUCUACCUGUGCCAGUCGGGGCCCCCCUCCGAGGAUGCGUGGCAGCCUGCCUGGACAGUGAGCGUGGAGGGCAGUGGGGAGCUGUUCCGGUGGAAUGCUUCAGACUUAGAGGCCCUAAACUGUCACCCAAGGAACAUGGCCUCAGGGAGCCCCAGGGUCUCUUCUGGUCCCCCCACCAGCUCCCAGCUUUAUGUGUGGGCCAAGGACCACCCUGAGAUCUGGAAGACAGAGCUGGUGUGUGACCCACCAAGGGGGAUUCUGAACCAAAGCUUCAACCAAGAUCUCACUGUUGCCCCUAAUUCCACACUCUGGCUGUCCUGUGGCGUGCCCCCUACCCCGGUGGUCAAAGGUCCCCUCUCCUGGACCCAUGUGCGCCCCAAGAAGCCUACCAUCUCAAUCUCAUUGCUGAACUUAAACCUGAGCAAGGAGGCCCCAUCCAGAGAGAUGUGGGUCCUGGGGCCUCUUCUGUCGCUGCCCCAGGCCACAGCUCAAGAUGCUGGUACCUAUUAUUGUGUCCGUGGCAACCUGACCAGCGAGAUGCACGUGAAGGUCACUGCCCGGCCAGCAGUUUGGCACUGGCUGCUGAGGACUGGUGGCUGGAAGGUUCCCAUUGUAACUUUGGUUUAUCUGAUCUUCUGCCUGGGUUCCCUGGUGACCUUUCUUCAUCUUCGAAGAGUUCUGAUCCAGAGGAGGGUAAGGAAGCGGAUGACUGACCCCACCAGGAGAUUCUUCAAAGUGACGCCUCCUCAGGGAAAUGGGACCCACAACCAAUAUGGGAACGUGCUAUCCCUUCCCACGCCCACCGCUGGCACUGGACGUACCAAGCGCUGGGCGGCAGGCCUGGGGAGCGCCUCCUUGUCCUACGGCAACCCGCGCAGCAAUGCCCAGGAGGCUGGAGCCGUGAGAUUCCGGAGCACCCCAGAAGCGGGACUAGAAGAAGUUGGAGAGGGUUAUGAGGAACCGGAUAGCGAGGAGGAAUCCGAGUUCUAUGAGAACGACUCCAACCCUGGGCCGGAUCAGCUUUCCCAGGAUGGCAGCGGCUAUGAGAACCCUGAGGAAGGGUCCCUGGGUCCUGAGAACGAGGACUCCUUCUCCAACGCUGAGUCUUACGAGAACCAGGAUGAAGAGCUGGCCCCACCAGUCACCAAGACAAUGGACUUCCUGAGCCCUUAUGGGUCUGCCAGGGAUCCCAGCAGGGAAGCAACCUCCCUUGGGUCCCAGUCCUAUGAGGAUAUGAGAGGGAUCCUGUAUGCAGCCCCCCAGCUCCGCACCCUUCGAGCUGGUCCCAAUCAUGAGGAAGAUGCAGACUCUUAUGAGAACAUGGAUAAUCCUGACGAGCCAGAACCAGUGUGGGGAGGAGGGGGGCGCAUGGGACCCUGGAGUACCAGGUGACCAGCUUGGGUGUCCUUAAGGCCCCAACAUCGGCCUACUCCUGACUUGGAAAUCUGGGGACUCCAAGCGGACAAUGUCAAUCUCUGGAGGGAAGUUGCUGGGGAUGUGUGUGUGUGUGUGUGUGUGUGUGUGUGUGUGCAUGUACACAUGUGCGUGUGCUUUUGUGUACAUACAACUGAAACUUCCAACCCCUUUUGCUUUCCCCAAAUAAA